AUGGAAUCAUCGCCGUGUGCCUCAUCGGAUUACGAAUCGAUUUGCGAGAUUUGCUCACAAACCGCGCAUGGCUCGCAUUUCGGAGUUUUGGCGUGUAGAGCGUGUGCCGCAUUUUUCAGACGUACCGCAGUUCUCGGAAGAACCUAUAAAUGUAGGCGACGUCGCGGAAAAUGUGCAUUGAAUUUCGAAUUGAAUGAAAAAUUGAUCUGCAAAUAUUGCCGAUAUCAGAAAUGUCUCGAGCGCGGAAUGACACCACAAAGUAUGUUCAUCCAGAAAAUCCCGUUUCAUGAAUUGUUCCAUUCAUGGGAGAAGCACAUGGAUCGUUGCGCGCAAUGGCUGUCGUUCUCCGACGAAUUUCGAAAUCUUCCUGCUCACGAGAAGAUGGCGUUCUUCAAAGCGAUUUGGGCGCCAUGGCGACGAUUUGAGAGCAUUGUUAAUAACAUGCUGGCAAUGCAGCUGGAAUUCGAGAAAGUUCACACCCUCGCAGAUGUCUUCAAAAUGUACAAAUGCAUUCUAACCGAUCCAGAAUUGUUUCAAAACUAA